AUGACAUUACACAUCACAAGCACAUCCUUAAGAUCCAAGUAUCUACAAACUUUGGUCGUGAACUCGGUUUUCAUCAAACCUAAAAACGGUCAAAAGUAUUAUGUUGUUGAACGAAAUCUAACCAACCAUCUUGUAAAAGUAGCAACCCACUAUUUGUGCAAUGAUAUUGAACCUAUUACUCAUGAAAUCAUACCUCGAUAUAUGCUCAAGUCGGACAACCCAAUCAAAGUAGAUCCCGACAAACUCUUGAAAUCAAACAUUCAAUUCCUUGAUGAAAAUACUUUGAUCAAAAGUCAUCAUCACACUGUAACGGACGCUCAGAUCAAUGUAGACCGAAUGGCUCAUCAUGUAUUUAGCGAUUUAGAUGUUCUUGGUAAAGUGAUGGAAAAACAGCACACAUUACAGCAGAAAUUGUAUCAAAUGGUAAUGAGUGCCGAUGUAGACGCCAAAUAUGUUGAAUAUAUCAUACUAUGA